GGAAAGGAAGGCUGACAACGUAAUAAAAGAAAACUUCCUUGACCAAUGACCAUUGAACUACCUCCGCCCACCUGAACAAGUCAGAAAAGAUAAUCCGCUUUGAACCUUGCAGAAGCAGACAGAGCGACAUUCAGCUUUGAAACUCUCCAAUGGAGUCAACACUCUGCACAAUGUCCAAAACCCUAGCCUCCACCUCCAAUCCCUUCUUCUUCACCUCAAGCCUUCACCGCCGUUUCCCCAAAGCCCUCUUCUCCCAAUGCCUUCGCUCUCGCCUCACCUCUCCAAACCUUUCCUCCCCUUCUCUCAGGGCCUUGUCUGCAUUCCGUUCUCCCCUGCGCUGCUUCUCCAGCUCCGCCGCUUCCUUUGCGGCCGGAGGAGGUGGUGGUGGCCCUAAUGGAGAAUUCGGCGGUGACGGAGGCGGCGGCGAUGGCGGCGAUACUAAUCCGAAGGCUGCUGCGGCUGAGGAGGUUACUGGUUUUUCUCCUGAUGUGAUAAUACUCGACGUUGGAGGAAUGACGUGUGGCGGAUGUGCAGCGAGUGUGAAGAGGAUCCUGGAAAGUCAACCACAAGUGUCUUCAGUCAGUGUCAAUCUUACCACAGAAACAGCAAUUGUGUGGCCUGUAUCUGAAGCCAAGGUUAUACCAAACUGGCAACAACAGUUAGGAGAGGAACUUGCAAAGCAUUUGACUAACUGUGGUUUUAAAUCGAAUCCUCGGGAUUCUGUGAGAGACAAUUUCUUCAAAGUGUUUGAGAGAAAGAUGGAUGAAAAGCGCAACAAGUUAAAAGAAAGUGGUCGUGAGCUUGCCGUCUCCUGGGCUUUAUGUGCUGUAUGCCUCUUUGGUCAUCUUUCUCAUUUCCUUGGGACCAAGGCUUCAUGGAUCCAUGCAUUUCAUUCCACAGGAUUUCAUCUGUCCUUGUCUUUAUUUACAUUGCUUGGCCCUGGACGUGGACUUAUUCUCGAUGGUCUGAAAAGCUUUCUUAAGGGGGCUCCAAACAUGAACACAUUAGUUGGUCUUGGCGCUGUAUCAUCAUUUUCCGUCAGUUCAUUAGCUGCCUUGAUACCUGAAUUGGGCUGGAAGGCAUUUUUUGAAGAACCAAUCAUGUUAAUAGCAUUUGUCUUGCUAGGAAGGAAUCUGGAACAGAGAGCUAAAAUUAAAGCUACCAGUGAUAUGACAGGCCUUCUGAGUAUUUUACCAGCAAAAGCUCGUCUUUUUAUUAAUGGAGAUUCAGAAGAAUUUAGUUCUACUGUUGAAGUUCCUUGCAACAAUCUUUCUGUUGGUGAUCAAAUUGUUGUGCUACCUGGUGACCGUGUUCCAGCAGAUGGAAUUGUCAGGGCUGGUAGAAGCACAGUUGAUGAGUCAAGUUUCACAGGGGAGCCUUUGCCUGUGACAAAACUACCUGGGGCUGAAGUUUCAGCAGGGAGCAUAAACCUAAAUGGAACUCUUAGAGUUGAAGUGCGGAGGCCAGGUGGUGAAACUGCUAUGGGAGACAUUGUCCGCCUGGUGGAAGCAGCACAGAGUAGGGAAGCUCCUGUACAGCGGUUGGCUGACAAGGUGGCUGGGCACUUCACUUACGGAGUAAUGGCACUCUCUGCUGCUACAUUUAUGUUCUGGAACUUGUUUGGUGCACGAAUUCUACCUGCUGCUUUUCAUCAAGGAAGUUCAGUUUCAUUGGCUCUGCAGCUCUCUUGCAGUGUUCUGGUUGUUGCUUGCCCAUGUGCACUUGGCUUGGCCACACCUACGGCUAUUCUGGUUGGGACUUCACUAGGGGCAACAAAAGGGUUGCUUUUGCGUGGUGGAAAUAUUCUAGAGAAGUUUUCAGAGAUGAACACAAUUGUGUUUGACAAAACAGGGACCUUGACCAUUGGCAGACCUGUUGUGACAAAAGUUGUUACUCCUGGAUGUGAGAAAGAUACAGAUUCAAGGAAAAGUUCUAAAUCUAUUUGGUCGGAAGUUGAGGUUCUGAAGUUAGCUGCUGGUGUUGAAUCAAAUACCAUUCAUCCAGUUGGGAAGGCCAUUGUAGAGGCUGCUCGUGCGGUUAAUUGUCAGAAUGUGAAGGUAGUGGAUGGAACAUUCGUGGAAGAACCUGGGUCUGGUGCUGUAGCAACUGUUGAGAAUAAAAAGGUUUCUGUUGGUACAUUUGACUGGGUUCAAAGGCAUGGAGUUCAAGAGAAUCCAUUUCAAGAGGUGGAUGAGCUUAAGAAUCAGUCUGUUGUUUACGUGGGAGUAGAUGGCACACUUGCUGGUCUUAUUUAUUUUGAGGACCAGAUCAGGGACGAUGCACGACAUGUUGUUGAAUCUUUGUCUAGACAAGGAAUAAGUGUGUACAUGUUGUCUGGUGACAAAAGAAAUGCUGCUGAACAUGUUGCAUCAAGUGUUGGCAUCCCGAAAGACAAGGUGCUAUCUGGAGUUAAACCAAAUGAAAAGAGUAAGUUCAUAAGAGAACUUCAGAAGGCUCAUAACACAGUAGCCAUGGUUGGUGAUGGAAUCAAUGAUGCUGCUGCAUUGGCUUCAUCAGAUAUUGGAAUCGCUAUGGGUGGGGGUGUUGGAGCUGCUAGUGAGGUGUCUUCUAUUGUCCUGAUGGGCAACAGGCUUUCACAGUUGCUUGAUGCUUUCGAACUAAGCAGACUAACCAUGAAGACCGUGAAACAAAAUCUUUGGUGGGCCUUUGCAUAUAACAUUGUUGGAAUUCCAAUUGCUGCUGGGAUGUUGCUGCCUAUAACUGGGACCAUGCUGACUCCAUCUAUUGCUGGAGCCCUCAUGGGUUUGAGUUCAGUAGGGGUCAUGACAAAUUCGUUGCUUCUGAGAUCCAAAUUUUCUGCAAAACAGAAGCAAAUUUAUGAAGCAUCUCCAAACUCCAAGGCCUAUUUAGUUCCUGAUCGUCCUGGGGACCAAAAGGAAAAACUGAAGCAGCACUCUUAUUCUCCUUCUAGAUAGAGAGGCAGUCAAUAGUGGAGAAAAACUGGAGUAUCCAGGUUGCUAGGUGGAGAUAUACAAAGUAACACAGCUUCUAAUCCUUGAUUUCCUUUGCAGAUUAUUAUAUUGGUACAAAAGCGGUGUUAACUUCUGUGCAUGCAAAUCAGUGUUUACCAGAAGGUUAGAGCUUUUUGAGGCAAAUCCUCUUAAAGUUAAAAUAUUUCAGUUAGUUUCCUAGGAAUAAUAUUCCCUCAAAACAUAUAGACUUUUAUUGAAUCAGAAGGUUAACAUCGUAAGAGAAAAAAUCUUUUGCAGGUGAAAUUUCUGUAGUAUCCAGGCAUUCAUUUUAUUUAGCGAGAUUGAAAAUUUUUAGGUAAAAGGGAAUAGUUCAUUAUCCCUGUUGUGCAUGUCAAUACCUAUUUCUUAUUUAUAUUUCAUUUUGGAUGCCUAUAGGCUACCAACCAAGUUUCAUCUA